UCUCCUAGAGAUGAACAAUCGAUCUACCGCCGCGGGGCCAGAAGAUGGAGGAAGCUCUACCGAGUAAACGGACACCUCUUCCAGGCCAAGCGCUUUAACAGGAAAGCGUACUGUGGCCACUGCAGUGAAAGGAUAUGGGGGCUUGGGAGGCAGGGCUACAAGUGUAUCAACUGCAAACUGCUGGUCCAUAAGCGCUGUCACAAACUCGUCCCUCUGACCUGCCAAAGGCAUAUGGAUCCAGUCAUGCCAUCACAGGAGCCCCCUUUAGAUGAGAAGAGUGAAGAGGUGGACCUCCCCCCUGAACACACAGAGGAUACAGAUGGAAUAACUUUCCUACCACACAGUCGCAAAGUGGACAAAGUGGAAGAGGACUCGAAGGACAUCAAAGCGGUGGUGGGCGGGAUCGACGGUAUCAAGAUCUCCCAGGAGAUGGCGCUAGGCCUGGGGGACUUUGACCUGAUCCGGGUGAUCGGCCGCGGCAGCUACGCCAAGGUGCUGCUGGUGCGACUCAAGAAGAAUGAACAGAUCUACGCCAUGAAGGUGGUCAAGAAGGAACUGGUGCACGACGAUGAGGACAUCGACUGGGUGCAGACAGAGAAGCAUGUGUUUGAGCAGGCGUCUACCAAUCCGUUUUUAGUGGGCCUUCACUCAUGCUUUCAGACAGAGAGCCGGUUAUUUCUCGUGAUCGAGUACGUCAACGGAGGGGAUCUGAUGUUUCAUAUGCAACGGCAACGGAAACUACCAGAAGAACAUGCGAGAUUCUAUGCUGCUGAAAUUUGUAUCGCUCUGAAUUUCCUGCACGAAAAUGGAAUCAUCUACCGAGAUUUGAAACUGGACAAUGUCCUCUUGGAUCACGAGGGACACAUCAAGCUCACAGACUACGGGAUGUGCAAGGAGGGCAUCAGACCUGGAGACACCACCAGUACAUUCUGUGGAACCCCAAACUACAUCGGCCCUGAGAUCCUCAGAGGGGAAGACUAUGGGUUCAGUGUUGACUGGUGGGCGUUAGGCGUGCUUAUGUUUGAGAUGAUGGCCGGGAGGUCCCCUUUCGACAUCAUCACCGACAAUCCUGACAUGAAUACCGAGGAGUACCUCUUCCAAGUUAUUCUGGAAAAAACGAUUCGCAUCCCAAGGUCCCUGUCGGUAAAGGCUGCCAGCGUGCUGAAGGGCUUUUUAAACAAGGACCCCAAAGAGCGUCUGGGUUGCCAGGUCCAAACGGGCUUCGCUGACAUCAAGUCGCACACGUUUUUCCGCAGUAUAGACUGGGACCAGCUGGAGAAGAAACAGAUGGUCCCGCCCUUCAAGCCCCAGAUCACAGACGACUACGGCCUAGAGAACUUCGACACCCAGUUCACCAACGAACCAGUGCAGCUAACGCCAGACGAUGAGGACAUCAUCAAGAGAAUAGACCAGUCCGAGUUUGAGGGAUUUGAAUACAUCAACCCCCUGCUGCUAUCCACGGAGGAGUCUGUAUGA